GCACCUACGGUUAACAUACACAGAUGUCAUGUGAAAACCCACAUGCUCUGCCCUUCACACAGCCUUCCUUUCUUCCCUUCGUUUUCUCUUUUUUUUUCCCCCUCUGGUUAGCUUGUUGUGGCAGCUCGCUUGCUUCCCAUUGCAUAAUCCAGCCCCCUCCUCAUCUGUGCAAGUGAUCAGAAAGAAAUCUGAAGCAGUGUCACAGAAGAGCAAGAAGAAGAAAGCUGUGUAGAGCAAAUAAGCUCAGGCAUACAGUGAAACGAGAGAGAGGCUGCAAACACGGGAAGGGAUGGUUUUCUCGCUUGAUGUGCUGCUCUCCAUCUCUAUGAGGGGAUUUGUCUGUUAACUCAUCAGGCUGGGAUCUUCUUUAUUGCGCUUAGAAAGAAGUGUUCUCCUCUCUACCAUCAUGCGAGCACAAAUUGAAGUGAUACCAUGCAAAAUUUGUGGAGAUAAAUCAUCAGGAAUUCACUAUGGUGUCAUCACGUGUGAAGGAUGCAAGGGAUUCUUUAGACGAAGUCAACAGAAUAAUGCCGCUUACUCCUGCCCGCGGCAGAGAAACUGUUUAAUUGACAGAACUAACAGAAACCGCUGCCAACACUGUAGACUGCAAAAGUGUCUUGCCCUAGGAAUGUCUAGAGAUGCUGUAAAAUUUGGAAGAAUGUCAAAAAAACAGAGGGACAGUCUAUAUGCUGAGGUCCAGAAACACCAGCAACGAUUGCAAGAACAGAGACAGCAGCAAAGUGGAGAGGCAGAGGCCUUAGCCAGGGUUUAUAGCAGUAACAUCAGUAAUGGUUUAAGUAAUCUCAACAAUGAGACAGGAGCUACUUAUGCCAAUGGACAUGUGAUUGAACUUCCCAAAUCGGAGUACUAUAGUGUGGAUUCUACUCAACCCUCCCCGGAUCAGUCUGGUAUUGACAUGACUGGAAUGAAACAGAUCAAACAAGAACCAAUUUAUGACCUUACGUCCGUACCAAACUUAUUUAUGUAUAGUUCUUUUAACAACGGACAGAUCUCACCAGGAAUAAGCAUGAGUGAAAUAGAUCGAGUUGCACAGAACAUCAUAAAGUCCCAUUUGGAGACAUGUCAGUACACAGUAGAAGAACUACAUCAGCUAGCGUGGCAAACGCAUACCUAUGAAGAAAUUAAAAUAUACCAGAACAAGACAAGGGAAGCUUUGUGGCAGCAAUGUGCCAUUCAGAUAACCCAUGCAAUCCAAUAUGUGGUGGAGUUUGCUAAACGAAUAACAGGUUUUAUGGAACUCUGCCAGAAUGAUCAAAUAUUGCUACUUAAGUCAGGCUGCUUGGAAGUUGUUUUCGUACGAAUGUGCCGUGCCUUCAAUCCGCUAAACAACACUGUUCUAUUUGAAGGAAAAUAUGGAGGGAUGCAAAUGUUCAAAACAUUAGGUUCUGAUGAUUUUGUAAGUGAGGCAUUCGACUUUGCAAAAAGUUUAUGUUCCCUUCAGUUAACUGAGGAGGAGAUUGCCUUGUUUUCUGCAGCAGUGCUGAUAUCACCAGAGAGACCUUGGCUGAUAGAACCGAGAAAAGUCCAGAAGCUCCAAGAGAGAAUUUAUUUUGCACUUCAGCAUGUGAUUCAGAAGAACCACUUAGAUGAUGAGACACUGGCAAAGCUAAUAGCCAAGAUACCAAACAUAACUGCACUUUGCAACUUGCACGGAGAGAAGCUGCAGGUAUUUAAGCAAACUCAUCCCGAGAUAGUGAAUACCCUGUUCCCUCCAUUGUAUAAAGAGCUUUUCAAUCCAGAGUCAAGCACUAGCUGCAAGUGAAGAUGGUGGGAUUUUUCACAUAGCUAUGGAAUGCAUCACUACUAAGACAAACGAAAUGUGCUCAAGAAGACUUACUUUAAAACAUCACUACAGCAGCACUAGGAAUGUCCUGCACUUACUACCAUUAUUUUUCACCGCUACAGUUUGAAGAAUGUAAAUAUGCACCUCUGAUUGGGGCUCUCUUUCUCUCUCUCCCUCUCCUUUAUUGAUCUUGCUUUUUUUUUUUUGGAACUGACUAUUAAACUUUAUCCGGCGCCAGAGAGGUCUUCAAUGCAUUGUACAUUAAUUUGUUUUAGCUCAUAGGGUUUUUUGCAGAUUUGUUGUCAGAGAAGACUACACAGGAGCAAAGGCAUUGAGCAAAACUUCUCUGACAGCCUACGGAUUAAUACUAAAAUCUAGAACACUGGGUGUAUUUACUUUUUUAUAUAUAUAAUUUGAGAGACAUUGGUUAAUAGAAUUUUAUUGUAGAUAUCAAUAAGAGUAUAUACUUCUAUGGUAUGGCUCUUCUGGAUUACUGUUCAGAACUUAAUUUAUGUGAAUUUCUAUGUUCUAGUUGCAUGUGUAUAAGGAAGCUGUGUAUAUAUACGUAUAUCUAUAUAUUCUGAUAUGUAGAUAUAUUUAUAUACACUCUAUGCACCUUUGCUGUGGUGCAAUCCUUUAUUUACACAGAACAUUUCUUCUAGGUUUUUUUUUUUUCUUUCUUUUUCAUUGAUGUGUUUUCUCCCCUUAAAUUUGUGUUUUAUUUAUGUUUUGGGCAAUCAAAUUUCAAUGCUCAAAGCCACUGCUUGAACAAUAUUUGCCAAUGUAAUGUAUACCAAGCAAAUGGUAAAAUGUCUUGCUCACAUCACAUUCUUCAUAGUAAGAAACAUACAAGGUAUGUAAUGUAAAGGUUUAAAAUAACACAAGCAUCUAUUGGCAUCACUCAUGUAGGAAUAAAAUAUUCUAGUGCAAAGAACAUUGCUGUAAAAUAAAAAAUAAAAAAAUGCUACACCUUAUCUUGUAAAUUAACUUUGAAAAUAUCAAAUAUAGUUUUGAGGUAAUAAGGAGAAAUAUAUUUUUAUUGCAAAAAUAAAUAGUAUGUCCCUUUGUACUUCAGAUAUACAGCUGUUUCAUUACAAAUCUUAAAAGACAAUACAAAAAAAAUAAGCAAAGUUUAAUUGCACAUAUUGUCGAAACCUUGAAAUCAGGAAAAUAUUUAUAUUAAUAGGUUCCGUGGCUCAGAUAUAACCUGUAAUGUUUAGAUGUUAUCAGGCGGAAUAAUAAAUGAAGUCAUAGUAAGCCAAAAAAAAUAAAAGCUUGAAAUUAUAAUUUUCUGUGCAACCUUGGAGACCAUGUUUCUAUCUUUCGCAAUAUUGACACCACGUUAGAGAACUCUAGAUAUGCAAAUUAACAUUUAUGGUUUUUCCCAUCGCAUUUUAGCAAUUGUAAAUAAUCAAAGGGAAACUUUACACACAAUCCUGCUAGUAUGUUUAAUAGCCUUAUCAAUAAAAGUUUUAACUUUACCUGCCUGUAAUUUUUGUAUUACCAGUAUACCUAUCUGUCUAAGCAAUAAAAAUACAGAAUACAGGUUAGUUGUCAUUUGGAAACAUGUCUCACAGUCCCAAUUUUGUGGCCCACAUUUAUUGGAUUUCUUUAAUUGGACUCUCGCCUAUUGAUUCAUCAUCCCUCCCAUGCACUCUUAUGUAAUUAACAGGUUUUUUUUACUUAUGGACUUCCCACUGAGUGAUUAUAUCAGGUGUAAGCACCCUGGGGGAGAUGCACCUGUAAUAGAAGCAUAAUUACAUUGUGUUUAUGCUGUAGCCAAAGUCCUUUAUUAGGACCAUGUCAGCAACAUCAUAAACUUCUGGUUUGAAAUAUAUGAUACAAAGUUUUCAUAGUGAAACAGGGCUCUUUAGAGUGAAAUGUAUGUUUGGGCAGGACAGAAGAAAAAAUCUUGGUUAUAGAAUAUGUGAUAAAUGUAUUAUCAUGUAUUUGGUUUAUACUGGGUUAUGAGGUGGUAACGACAUAAAGCAGUCCACAUAUUGAAAAUAUUUCUUCAUUGGCAGCAGUAGACAAAUGAAAUGCUUUGAGGUUUUUGUCCUUCUGCUACAUGAACCAUAACAUAUUUAUUGGCAACCAUUAGCAGUAACAAAGAAAAAAUGUUUUCAGAAUAUGAUUGCAUUUGAUAUUAUUAUAUUUUGUUGUUUGGAAUUUCACAUAUGGAUAUCAGCUGAAACAUUUCCCUAAUAUAGCACAAAAGUAUAUGGAAAAAAUAGCAUUGUGGCUUAUACUAUGCUGUGGGGUAGUAUAGACCCCUAUUCACCCCUAAUUACUCAUGUCUGUUUUUAUUGUUUUAAAUUUACACCAGAGCAGUUACCAACAGCAGGAAAGCAAAACAUUUGAUACAUCUACUACAGGUAUAGGAUCCCUUAUCCGGAAACCCGAUAUCCAGAAAGCUCCGAAUUACGAAAUGUCUCCCAUAG